AUGGGUAAAAGAAAGCAGAAUAAGGAAGUUGAAUCCAAAAGGAAGAAGGCUAAGCAAGAGCAAGACGCCCAGCUUUCGACUGGAUUAUUUUCAUCUAACCAAGAUGCACCAGAAAAUGAUGAAAUCAGAGACUGGGACAAUGAAGAACAAGACUAUGAAUUGAAACCAAGAAAUAAAAAAAAUGAUAGUAAGAUGGUCGAGGGAUUACCGAUAAAGAUGGCAGACGGUAGGAUUGAAAGAGUGGUGAGAGAAGUUGCAGAAGAUAUCGAGCCCGAAGAACCAACGAAAGAACCAGUGGAGGAGGCUAAGGAAGAGCAAAAAGAUGAUGAAGAAGAAGAGGACGAAGAUGCAGAUUUGACACCUCAAGAAAGAUUAAAUAAGAUUAAAGAAGAAGUUGCAGAUUUGGCAUCGAAGCUAAUUGAGGACCCAGAAGAGAAUAUACCGUGUCUUACGAGAUUAAGAAAAAUGUCAGAAUCACGUAAUAUGGUCACCUGCCAAUUAUCCAUGAUGGCCUUGAUUCCAGUAUUUAAAUCAUUAGCUCCAACUUAUAAAAUCAGGCCUUUAACAGACACAGAGAAAAGAGAAAAAGUGAGUAAAGAAGUGGCCCGUUUGCGUCAAUUUGAGCAGUCGUUGAUAAGUAACUACAAUUUGUACGUUGACAACUUGGCCAAAUUAGCGAAAGUGUCCCUUCUGAACUCUCAAAAUAAUAAAAAGAUUACCCCGGAACAGAUAAAAAAAGGGCAAUUAGCUGCUAAGGCUGCUUGUGAACUUUGUUUAUCUUCAUUGCGUCACUUUAAUCAUAGAAGCGAGAUUAUUGCAAUUGUUGUACGCCGUCUUAACAAAAAGCCUAAUAAUACUGAAGAUUUUGAAAUCUUUACUAAAUGUUUGAGAGUUUUAGAAACAUUGUUGAAGGACGACGAAGAGAAUGGUGAUAUUUCGUUCGAUGUGAUAAGAAUUUUAUGUCAUUCAAUUAGAGAUAAAAAGUUUAGAGUUGAUGAAUCAGUUAUAAAUAUUUUCUUAUCCUUGUCCCUUUUAGAAGAUUAUGAUCCUAAUAAUAAUAAAGAUGAUUCUCCUAAACAAAAAUUAAAGAAAAAAGAUAGAGUCCAUUUAUCUAAGAAAGAGAGAAAGGCUAGAAAAGAAAGAAAAGAAAUCGAGGAAGAGAUGCGUAAGGCCGAACAAACUAUAACUAUUGAGGAAAGAGAAAAGUAUCAAGCACAAGUGUUGAAGAUGUUAUUGGCUUUGUAUUUAGAAAUAUUAAAAGCUGGCUCGCACACAUCUUCAACUCCUAACAAUAGUGCAAGCGAUCUUAUGGCAUCUGUAUUAGAAGGUUUAGCCCGCUUUGGUCAGAUGGCAAAUUUUGAUUUAUUGGGUGACUUCUUAGAAGUAUUAAGAGAGAUAAUGAUUGAUAUAAUGGAUGAGCAUACCCUUUCAGAUGAUACUGAAAUAUCUGACGAAUUCGGAGGAAUGUAUGAUGGAAAGCAAAUCAGAACUGUAUUGUUAUGUAUUGCCACAUCAUUUACUUUAGUCACUAACCACUCAACCACCGGUAAACUACCAAUGACAAUCGAUUUAUCGAAAUUCGUAUCAUGUUUGCAUAAUAUCUUGUGUGACAUGGCGCUUGAUUGUGACUUAGAAUUUUCCCAUAAAUCAUUGAGAUUGGCUGAUCCUUUGCUGGCCUCUACCAUCUCAGAAAAACCUUCUGUUAACGUUUCUACAAAGUCAGAAUUAUUAUUGCGUUGCUUAGAUUUUGUUUUCUUCCGUUCAAGAAAUGGUACAUUACCUAGAGCCACCACUUUUGCCAAAAGGUUAUACAUAUCAAUUUUGCAAACACCAGAAAAGACUUCUUUAGCAUCAUUAAAGUUUAUUGGUAAAUUGAUGAGUAGAUAUGGUGAUAGUUUAAAGGGUUUAUGGAACACUGAAGAAAGAAUCAGCGGGGAGGGUACUUAUAUUUUAGGUAUAGAGAGAUCUGAUAGAGAAGUUGAAUUAGAAAGAAGUAAUAGUGGUGCUGCAACUCUUUGGGAAAAUGUUUUAUUAGACAAGCAUUAUUGCCCUAUGGUUAAAGAUGGUUCUAGAUCAUUAAUGAAGAACAGUAAAUCAAACGAAAGAAGGUAG